AUGUUUCAAUUUCGGGUCCACACAUUCAUUUUCAAGCCCAAGUUCCUACCCAGGUUCCAAAUAUCUGCUCAGAGGUACUUCAGCCGACCGUUCAACGUGCGUUCUUGUACGGAAUUGGUUUCUCGUCAGGACGGAAUUGGAGCCAUCAAACCUGGGUUGGUGCCUGUAGAAUGGAAUCCGGGCCUUAGAAACAUAUAUUUAGUCAAAAAGCCAUGGAAUCCGUCGGUGAGGGAUGCCAUGAUCGAGUUCAUCCACCAUAUCCAUGGAGAGUAUCCCCAUUUAAAUGUGAUUGUUGGCGAGUCUGUGGUGGAAGAAUUACUGCAAGAAGUACCAGCAUGGAAUCAAAUUGCCAGUAAAAUGGACAUUUCUCACAAGUAUAACCAGACACUAUACACUGGUUCGCUCUCUGAAAUCAUUGACAAGACUGAUCUUAUAGUAACGUUGGGUGGAGACGGUACUAUAUUGAGAGCGGUGAGUUCAUUCUCAAACGAAAAAGUACCACCAUUACUUAGUUUUGCAUUGGGGAAUCUCGGGUUUCUUCUUCCAUUUGACUUCAAGACCUACAAGGAAACGUUUAGAGCCGUGCACGACAACAAAACAUUUGCCUUACAUCGAAAGCGACUUCAAUGUGUUGUUAAACGCAAAUCGGGCCAUGUCGAUGAAUCGGAAAAUCAGGCCAAAGAUAGCAAUGGUCAUCCUCAUAUCAUGAUCCAUGCUAUGAACGACAUCAGUCUUCAUCGUGGAGGACAGCCCAAUCUUACCUCUUUAGACGUUUACCUAAACGAUGAAUUUUUCACCACCACCACCGGAGAUGGAAUUCUGUGCUCAUCGCCUACGGGUUCUACAGCCUACUCGCUCUCUGCCGGUGGGUCAAUUGUCCAUCCGUCCGUGCCGUGUAUCCUCCUAACACCCAUCUGUCCUCGGUCGUUGCUGUUUCGUCCCGUAAUCAUCCCGGAAACCUACAAAGUGAUGAUGAGGCUCACCGAUGGAAGUCGCAAUAGUGGUAUAAUGCUCAACAUUGACGGUAUUCCACAACCUGAACUUCGUCACGGAGACGAAAUACACAUCUCUAUCGAACCAAGUCAGCGGUCCGGUCUUUGGUGCAUCGCCCGCAGCAGACACGAUUGGACGAAAGACAUUAAUGAGCUUUUAGGAUUUAACCUGCUGUUCCGGCAUGGAGGAGUGCGGCGCUCGUAG